AUGGCUUCGUGGGUGCCAUGGACGCUGAUGCUGGCGCUGCUACCGACAAGCGCGACGGAGUUGCUGAAGGACGAGGCUGAGCGUCAACGUCUGCGCGACGAGCUCACGCGUAUGGCUAAGAAUUACUUCAAGCUGCUGCUGCUCUGGGCUUUCCGCGCCGCGCAGAUCUUCGCUGGCAUCUCGUUCCUCUUCGCCACGGCCUCGCUGCUCUAUGCGUUUAUGUACUACCUUGUCAUCCCGUCUAGAUUCCAUGAACAAGACAUUUUCUUCAACUAUGGGAAUCGCCACAUGGACAUUUAUGUCCAGGGGGGGCAAACGCCUAUUAUCCCAACGGCGUCUUUGGAACUGCAGGAUCCGGUACAUCACCUGUACUUGUCCCUGGUGUAA